CGGAUAUUAGCGGAGCCAUUUACAACACAGAGUACAAAUACUGGCCGCUAGGCCGAGUCUGGCAGUCGCCCGAUAUCAGAUCAAUAGAUUCUCUUAGCUUCUCGUAGUGAGCAGGUUUAUCACUGAAAGUUCCCAACCACAUCGGAUGAAAGUUGUUAAGUCAGUGGCCUGUCACCAAGUGUCUUUGAAACAGGUGUGUUUCCACGUCAGGAAACAUCGUGAGUAUUUGAAUAAUUCCUAAGAAGAGGGAUCUACCUCAGUGAUUGAAACACCGGGAUCAGAAUUAAAAUUCGAUCAGAAUUUAACCUUCUAAAAAUAAUUUGAAGAAUGUAAGUGGAACGUUGAAAAAGUGAGCUAUGUUCGUAUCCCACCUCCACCAUACAUGGACACGUUGCCUGUGACAACACAACCUUUGGGAAUGAUGUCGCGUUGUCGGCGUCAGAUGAUUAAACCUCCUCAUCAGGGCUGAAGAACACUGCUGCCAUACACCAGCAUAACACAGGGCGAACUUAAACAGACGCUAACACAGAACACGCAGCCAGCUUAAAGUGGCGCCUUGGCAGCGAUCUCUGCAGGGGAAUCAUGUCAUAGGCCACCCUGUGAUUGGUGUAGGGGUCAGUCUGUUCCGUCCGCUAGUCCUCAUCAUGUGCCGUCUUUGGACUUACCUCUUCAUAACUUUCCUGUGUAAAGGCAUCUGGGGACUCUAUUUCCCCCAGCGGAUGUACAGGUUCACAUUACCACCAGGUGCUCCACAUAAUACCAUCAUCGGCCGUGUGUUUGUACUGAACAAUGUUACCUCAUACUGUGACGAACACAGCAUAAAGUACGUCAUGUACUGGGCUCACGACUACACAGGUGAGGUGUCACGGCUGGUUGACAUUGAUCACGUGUCAGGGGAGGUUAAGGUGAUCGGCGUCAGCGAGGAAACCCGCAGCAAGGAAAACACGAUGGAUCUCAGAGUAAACGCAUCCUGCAUAGACAGACUUGGUCAGCAGGAAGUUGCCUCCGUCCAGGUACAGAUCCAUGUGUCCAGUGAUGGUUCCAUCGACGUUGCUUCUGACCCAGGCCAAAGAUUUGAGAAGCUGUGUUGGGAGGAGAAAGAUCCGGAGUUCAUGGUUCAGGAGGGUCUGGCUUCUGCGACGUUCGCAGCCUUGAGGUUUCUCCCAGACAUUGGCAGGGACAUCGCCAUCAUCUACACCCUUGAUGACGCAUCACCAGCUCCACCUUACUUCACCAUCAAUAACGUCACUUCUGAGAUGAGCCUAAAACAACCACUUGAUCGUGAAGAGAACGAGGCAGUCAGCACGAACGUAACAUGUACAGUGAAAUCAGGGUCACAAGAAAUUGGGAAAACGAGCACGACUGUUACUGUCAAUGUGAUUGGCGUUAAUGACAACCCGCUGUUAUUUAUCACAGACAGCUCACAACUGACUGUAAAAGACAUCACCGACGAUACCAAGAGCAUCUCCGAGAUGCUGCAAGAGGGUGACAAAGGACAGCCAGAACAGUAUGACGUCACAGUUGUGAACGACACGCAGAGACUCGUGGGCACCGUAAAGCUGGAUGUACACAAUACGCCUUCAGGAAGAUUUCUACUAAUUACCGUGGUACCAAAUAUAACAAAGGACGUGGAGUCACCCUACUCUGUAGAUAUCCACGUGCGAGACAGAGGCUUCCAGCCACAGUUGAGUUCCACUGCAAACAGUAGUGAUACGGCUAUCGUCAGACUGAACUAUAAAAGACACGUGCCUUAUGUUAAGAUGAGACUGAACAGGAACGCAGCAAAAUAUUACAGGCUCGGAACUUUGUCGGCUCUUCCGGAGUUGAGGAACGCCAGCAUCAACCACUACAGCAUCCACAACGCCAUCAACUCCUCCGUUCCUUUAGCAGUAACUCCAAGGAAGGGGAUUGUCUAUGUCGUGGAUGACCGUUCCUUGCAGAAGUUUCAUGCCAACGUCUUCACCGUUGAUGUGCACGCCCGGACAGAUGGUGGUGAAAUCAUCGUGAAAACCAUCCAGGUAUCCCUCCAUGGCGAUGUCGGCAGAGAACUAGGAACAUGUGAUGAAGGAUGUUCCCAGUACAUGAACAUGUCAUCGUGUGAGAACAACUGCGGACUGGGCACUGCAGACAGACGCUGCCGAUGGCGACCUGGCUACACGAACAUGAGUCGACUGUAUUCCACUUGCACCUUCUUCUGGAGGACGUGCCCAGACCGAGUCUGUGAUGAACUAGAGCAGCUGAAUGCUUAUCUCUGUCCGCAGGACUGUACUAAAGAGUCAAUCAUAGGCGAGACCCGUCCGACGACAGGGCGUGGUAUCGGCAUGGCUAAAGGUCCGUGCUGGUGUGACGGGAGACCGGUCAAGUGUCACUGUAUGGGGGGACCUGCGACUAGGCGUCACCCACACAGAGAGGGUCACUCACGUUGCUGGUACAGUUGCCGAGCAACGAGCAGACGACACCGAAUCCUGCGACAAUAUGUGCAAGGCAUCUGUUGCUUCAUCCGUCGUUUGUGUAGUGGCAGUCAUUGUCGUCAGUGUUGUCAUUUGGCUGGUUUGGCGUCGACGUCCUGUCGUCGUUCACAGGUUCUGAAACAUGUUGGCAGCAUUGUAUCGAUGACGGCGUUGCCGUCUGACUAUUUGGAGGACCGAGAGCCAAGGACGUCGUACCACACUAACCCCUCCCCGCAGUGGUCGCCUAAAGUCAACACCGUGCCGCCUGUCAAUAACGACAUCCGUGUAAACAAGUGGGAGUUCCCUAGGGAGCAUCUCCAUCUCCAGCAGACCCUAGGGGAGGGGGAGUUCGGACAGGUGGUCCAGGCCAUAGCGUGGGCCAUCUACGGGGACGACAAAUACGCCACGGUCGCUGUCAAGAUGUUGAAGACCGAUGCCACAGUGGCGGAGUACCAGGACUUGUGGUCGGAGUUGAAUCUCCUCAAGGAAGUGAACCACCCGAACGUGAUCCGACUGCUUGGAGCAUGCACACAGAAUGGUCCCUUUUAUGUGAUUGUUGAGUACUGUAAACACGGAUGCUUGAAAAGCUAUUUGCGAAGCUCACGAUUUAAAGACAGGAAGAGCUGGGACGCAAACCAAAAUUCAGGAAAUUCCGAACCUUCCCGGAACGAACAGGCUAUUGUGCUGGUCAUCCGUGAUCUGCUUUCAUUUUCCUGGCAGAUCGCCAAAGGCAUGGAAUACCUAUCCAACAUGAAAUUUGUCCACAGAGAUCUGGCAGCUCGCAACGUCCUGGUGGGAGAGGGCCGUGUCCUCAAGAUAUCGGACUUCGGCCUCAGUCGGGAUGUGUAUGAAGCCGAUGCCUAUCUCAAGAUGACAAAGGGUCGCAUCCCAGUGAAGUGGAUGGCGCCGGAGUCGUUAUACGCACAGAUAUACACAACCAAGAGCGACAUAUGGUCGUUCGGCAUUUUGCUGUGGGAAAUGACAACAUUAGGAGCCAACCCGUAUCCAGGAAUAGCCCCGGAGCGGCUGUUCAGCCUCUUGAGAUCCGGCUACCGAAUGGAUCGUCCAGACGACUGUCCGGAGGAAGUGUAUGCCAUUAUGCAGAAGUGUUGGAAGGCAGAACCCGAAGACAGGCCAACAUUCCACAAAUUGGCAGACAUCCUUGAUACCAUGUUGCAACAAAGGGAGGGCUACCUCGAUCUGACCGACGAUACGGCAUAUAUGGAAGACAGAUUAAAUUAUUUAGACAGUACCGACUGGCGUGGUGAAUGGAGCGACUACGAGGAGGGAUACGGUAGCAUAACCGUCCUGAGACAAACGGGGGACAACUACCUGACGGCCAUGUCUUGUGGGGAGGGGGAGACUGAUGCUGGAGAGGAGGGCAAGUUACUUCCACCAUCACCUAAGGAUAAAGACAUUCUCAAGCAUGUGGACAACAAGAACGUGUCAAACACUAACCGUGAGGAAGAUAUUUGGCUUUUGAAAAACUCGAAGCCGGACGUGAACAAGGGGAAGCGCUGGAGGGACAAUGCCUAUGAAAUCCACUGUGUCUGAAGUUUACUGUAAAUGCAUUCGUGAUGGAUAUGUUACUUGCCUGAUGAGGAGGCUGCCAUGUGACAAUAUGAUAACGUAUGAGUAUUCUCUACUUACACUGAUUUGGUCACUGCCAACCAUGGGUAACGCAUAAUAUUGGCGAAUACGUGACCGUACGAUACCCCAAAUCAAUACUUGCACAUGUGAGUACUAUAUUUAUAUGAAAAUCCUAAUGACUAUAUAUUUAAAGUUUUGGUGACUCGAAUGAAGACAUGUGUUUACUAUACUUAUGUUCCAAACAUUGUGGUGCUCUAGUCUUGUAGAAGAGGAAAAGAGUCAUUCGAUUUCACGGAGUCAAUGAGCCCCUGUGCUGUCAUAUGGACUGCGGCCUGUAAGUAAGUAAAGGGAGGUUAUUGUUGAUGUGAACAGGGUACCCGGUAUAAGUAGUGCUGUGCUUAUUCGCCAGGUGGCAUAACCGCACUAUACGAGAAUGACUUGAAAGGACGUAGAUGGCACCCAGUUUGCAUUUAGCGUCAUCAAAUGUUUCUGCAACCUUGACACAGUGGAACCUUCACACCGUGAGAAGUGAUUACUAUGGAUUUCACGGGUUGAACGCCCAACAAACAAUUAAUAAUUUAAUUGUCACAUCUGUAAACGUUCGGUGGUGUUCACGAAUACCGACUCAUGUGGAAGUACAGGUAUCGGAGAAUACAUUAAUCUUGUCCCAGCAGGCCAAGCUAAUAAAUAUAUUGAUUAGUGAUAUUGAUUAGUGUUUCAGUGUAGCUCAGAGAUUACUCCGAACUACCGUCGUGCAUAUUCAAAUACAUGUAUAAUUGCUGAUAUUGAACACAGUCGAUUUUGCAGCUGCUUCUUCUGGAUAAACUUUAUCAUUAUAUUUUGGAAAUGUAAUCAUGUGAGACAACUUUUGAAAUAACUUUUUUCCGUUAUGGAACUAGAUGACAUGCAACAUUGAAACACUACACCGGUUUACAUUUCGAAAUAUUGAAUUGAAAUUAGCCAACAUCACCGUUCAAUAUGGGACGUUCCUCUCCGUUAAUUCCUAGCACGGCGAAAUGAUUAACCAUCAUGUUUAAAUAUAGAUUUCCAGGUGCCAUGUUACAAGACCCCAGUCAGAAGUAAAGUGUGUGGUAUUAGAUAUCUCAAUAUACAUAUCUAGGAUACAUUUGAUAAUAUACAGUUGUCUAGGAUGGUUUAUCGUGAUUAUAAUACCAUGCCUUUAUCCACAUUGUCAAUCGAAUACCAAACACAUCCAGUUAAAGGGGAGUUCAUGAAAAGCCCUUGUUUUAUCCAAUGCUUACUUGUACCCUAUGUCCUCCUGGUUACUGUACAGGCGGUUGUUUAUUGUCCUUGUUGUUUGUUAUGUCUAUUUCAGAUGUAUAAUUCACAUGUUUCAUAACAAUGUAAUACUAUAAAAGAGUCUGGUUUUCAA